CUCAAAUCCGGUCUUCAUCGUAUUCAAUAUUCAUGACGGACACAGCGGACCCGGAUCAAGCUGAGCACGAACAGAUAUCUACCUCCCUGGAGAUAGAGCAGCUCGACACCAACUUGUUCCGUUCAAAAUCUCUAUGGCUUCCUUUUCGUUCUAGGGGUGUCUUUGGAGGACAGGUAAUAUCGCAAGCGAUUGUCGCCGCAACUAAGUGCGUGAAGCCGGAAUACGCUUUGCACUCUCUACAUUCCUACUUUCUCCUCAGUGCAUCCCCUUCAGUCCCAAUCCUCUACUAUGUCGAUCGCGUGCGCGAAGGCCGGACAUACACUACCCGCUCUGUUCGGGCUGUGCAGAGUGGUCGUGCCGUUUUUGUUAUCAUCUGUUCAUUCCAAAUUCCCGAAUUCUGGCAACCUUCACAUCAUUGGCCGAUGCCAGAUGUGCCGCGUCCGGACGACUGCCAAGACGAAGAAGAAAUAUUACUUGCCAUGGCGCAAAAGCCUGGGUUGAACGAGAGUACAAAGGACUACCUGAGACAGUACGCCGAGGAACGGGCGCGUAGUCCAAUAACUGUGAAACGUAUCAAGGAGCAGAUGGGCCCAGAAGGUACUCCGGUAUUCAUGUACUGGAUGAGGCCGCGAGACAAUGUAUUGUACGAAACACCUUUCCAAAAGUGUAUUUUGGGAUACAUGUCCGAUAUUCACUUCUUGCCUGUAGCAGCCAACACUCUUGGGUUGAAAAGAAAUACAGCAGGACCUGAUGCGUUGGCAAUGGUGUCGAGUCUCGAUCACUCUAUCUUCUUCUACGAUCAUACCUUUGAUUGUAGCGACUGGAUCUUGUACAUGACCGUAUCGCCAAUUGCUGGUUUAGGUCGGGGUGUCGUAAUUGGAAGAAUGUAUUCUCGGAGCGGAACACUUGUGGCUGUUACAACCCAGGAGGGCGUUGUGCGUGCAGAUAUACGCCCACCUCCCAAGGGAAAGCUAUGAUGAUGCUUCCACAUAGAUACAUAGAUCGUCUAUGCCUUGCAUACAAGACGUACAAUAGAGAUAUCGACUACCAUAUGCAGUAGGCAAGCACCUUAACAUCAGAAUGUCAUCGAUCUUUUUAGCCUG